AGCAAGAUGGCUGACACGGCGGCCGGACCUGGUGGCUCUGGAACGAGAUCAGGGAGUAAACAGUCCACCAACCCUGCUGAUAACUACCAUCUGGCCCGGAGGAGAACUCUGCAAGUUGUUGUGAGCUCCUUGCUGACAGAGGCGGGAUUUGAGAGCGCUGAGAAAGCGUCUGUGGAAACCUUGACAGAGAUGCUGCAGAGCUACAUCUCGGAAAUUGGGAGAAGUGCCAAGUCUUACUGCGAGCACACAGCCAGGACCCAGCCCACACUGUCGGACAUCGUGGUCACACUGGUUGAAAUGGGGUUUAACGUGGACACUCUCCCUGCUUAUGCAAAACGGUCUCAGAGGAUGGUCAUCACUGCACCUCCAGUAACCAGCCAGCCAGUGACUCCAAAGGCCCUCACUGCAGGGCAGAACCGACCCCACCCACCACACAUCCCCAGCCAUUUUCCCGAGUUUCCGGAUCCCCACACCUACAUCAAAACUCCGACAUACCGUGAGCCAGUGUCUGACUACCAGGUCCUGCGAGAGAAAGCUGCAUCUCAGAGGCGAGACGUGGAGCGAGCACUCACCCGCUUCAUGGCCAAGACAGGAGAGACCCAGAGUCUUUUCAAGGAUGACGUCAGCACUUUCCCUUUGAUUGCUGCCAGGCCUUUCACCAUCCCCUACCUCACAGCCUUGCUUCCCUCUGAGCUGGAGAUACAGCAGAUGGAAGAGACAGACUCCUCAGAGCAGGAUGAGCAGACAGACACAGAGAACAUCGCUCUUCAUAUCAGCACGGAUGAGUCCGGAGCUGAGAAGGAGAAUGCCUCUGUCCUGCAGCAGAGCGCCUCCUUGUCCGGCAGCCGGAGCGGGGAGGAGAGCGUCAUCGACAACCCCUACCUGCGGCCUGUGAAGAAGCCCAAGAUCCGCAGGAAGAAGUCCCUCUCGUGACCUGAGAAGGAAGCUGCCCUAAAACAGGGAGACACCACUUUCCUGGAGAGUAAAAUCACAGAUGGAAAAAGAAGGUGACGUCUUUCUGGCCAUGUCCAGGCUACAUCGUUUCAGGAGCCACCUCUGAAGACAGCCUGUUUUGCUUGGAUGUGUGGGUUGAGGAGGAGGCCAUGGUACAGCAAAAACUACUCCAUCUUUUGGGCCAUACUGUCGCAAACAGGGCAGGGGACUUCUGCCUUCUUCAUUGAUUAUUCGCAGGACUUGAUUCCUUGGAAACCUGGAGGGCCAGGGAAAGUGACAGAAAGAAAAAGUCCAUUGCACCGUACCCUGAUGAGAAGACUGCCAAGUGUACCUUCCAGACCACUUGAAUGACCCACAAGAAUUAUGGCGCUGAUUUACUAACCCAGCACCUCAUUCUCACUUCACUCUUCACCUGGGCCCCAAGAUCCCUACUGAGCUGAUGGAACAUGAUGUUGUAUCUCUCAUCAUGUUGGAAACGGGCCCACACUGCAGCUUUGAUCUGAGGCUGCAGUCUUAAUAUGGACGAGGCUACCAUCACAGUAGCCUUGAAUCUCUGACCAUUUGAUUAAAGCUGACCACACCAGGCCAUUCCCUUGGAAUGUGUGCUCCAACACCCUUCUCAGCUGAUCUGAGCAGAGCCUGGGACAUAGUUAGUUGUCUGUGGACUUAGAGAGGAGCCUGGAUUUUAAGUGCCAGGAAGAGGACUUAAUAGGUAGGCGGUAGGGGAGGGCUUAGUACAGCCUCUUAGUAUAGCUGGAGAUAGAAAGCCAACUGCCCACCUGCUGGAGGGAGGGGCCAAGAGGACCCUGGUGAGCCCUGUGUCAAGAAGCAAGUCUGAGUCCGCCCAUCUCCCACUCCUGGAGAGAAGACCCAAUCCCACACUUUCCCCACUAACCACAAAACAGGCCUCCAAGGAGGAAUGGCAGGGACUCACGGAAAUUGACAGGAAGUGGCUAAGUUAUUCCUUGGCUUGGAAUUCAUGUUUACUCUUCCCCCCCCUCCCCCAACUCCACCCUGGCUGCUGCUUUUCCUCUUCCUCCUCCCCUCUCUCCCUCUGUUUUUGAGACAGGAUCUCACUCUUAGCCCAAGCUAUCCCAGAAAUCACUGUGUAUCCCAGGCUUGGUGGUCCUCCUGCCACAAGAUGCAAUUACAGGAGUGAGCCACCAUGCCUGACUUCCAGGAGGUUGGCUGGGAGGCUCCCCCUUCCCUGCUGAUCUCCAGGUUUGGUCCCUUUGGCUGGAGGAAAAGAGCUCUGUGUCUGGAAUUAAAGAAAGGACAAGAAAUAGAAAAUGAGUUUCCUCAGCUCUGGACCAAACAGGAAUAUUUGUGACUCAAAACUUCCAGGUCAGAACAGGAAGAGUGACCUGUGGAUUCUUAGAACCUGUGAUAAAAUUGGCAACUCAUGGCCCAAUCAGUUGAAAUCCAGUCAACAUGUAUCACACACAUGUUCCUGAUGAGUCUACUUAGCAUAUCUGUACUUCCCCAUUAUCACCGUCUGAAGCCAAUACCCGUUGAAUGUGUUGUACAAAGUGGGUUGGGAAGGGACUCUGGCUGCCCUUGACCUCAGAACUGUACCACUGUAAUUUCCCUUGGUAGAGAGAUGACCUGAAUGAUGUGUUGAAGUAUAUUAUUCUUAAUGUAUGUGUCCAUAUGUAUAUUAUAUUUUUAUUUUUUAUAAAUUGAGGGAGUCUUGGCAGAAAAAUAAAGUGCGAGAUAUGAAA